AUGUAGUCCAUGCUCUGGUCGACCACCACGCGUGCCAUCGUCCUUGUCGUCACAUCACUGUUCACUUCGUUGGCUCAAGAAAUCUGUUUCCCAGACACAUGUGCAGAUCCAGCCACGGACAGUUGGUUCUCGUACAACGCAUGUUGCGAUAACGCGUGCUGUUAUCGUUUGAGGUUUUGGGUAAUACCAGCUUGCAUUGCUGGAGUGGGUUUUGUAGCUGGUGCGUUCUUCGCACUUUGUUUCCAAUGUCGAUGAUGAAUGGGCAUAUCUACCUCGUUCUUGUGGCAAAUCCAUUAAGAAGAUCAGCGAAAAUGUCGCAAUUCAUCCUCUCACGGAUUACUUUCAUCAGCGUCAAAUUGCCUUCACAAACGCCUCAAAUUUCACCAGAUGUUUAAUAGUACAUGCACUACAGUUUUUGUACUUAAAUAAACAUUUAUUCUC